AUGUCCAAUUCAAAUACACAUAAGCGAAAAUAUGAAGAAGAAGAAGAGAAAUUAGAAUAUUCUUCACAAAAUGGCUCUCGUCGUGCUAAUAAUACCUCUUCUAUAAAACAUAAUGUGCAUUAUAAUAAAACCGACAAUUUUAAUCCUAAUUCGUCGUCCUACCGCUCGCAACACUCAACCUCACAUUCUUCAAAUCAGUCUUCUUAUUCCUCACAGCCACGUAAAGCACAGAAAACUUCAAACACUUCAACGCCACAUGAUAAUACAUCACUAGUUGCUCAACAUUAUAAUAGUAAACCUGAUGUUGGUAUAGAACGUAGAAACGAGUCUAAUAUCCUGUUUUUACGAUUUUUUAAUAAUUGGGUGAAAAGUGUUUUGAUUGGAAGAUAUGCUUCUCGUGGAAUGACAGUUUUGGACAUGGGUUGUGGAAAAGGCGGUGAUUUACAUAAAUGGAAUAAGGCAAAUAUAGAGAAAUUGAUUGGAAUAGAUCUGGCUGAAGUGUCGAUUCAGCAUGCUCGCAAGCGCUGGGAAGAUAUGAAAGGUCGAAAAUUGAGAGCAGAAUUUUACGCAAUGGAUUGCUUCUCGUAUCCACUUUCGACAAAGAUUUCGCGUGACGAAGAAUUUGACAUAGUCAGCAUGCAAUUCUGUCUACAAUAUUCAUUUGAAUCUGAAAAAAAGGCGCGAAUGGCAUUGAGAAAUGUUACAUCAAAUUUAAAGAAGGGUGGUUUCUUUAUUGGAACUUUGCCUGACGCAAAUUGGAUAGUUAAGAAAUUGAAAAAUUUGAAACAAGAUCAAUUAGAAUUUGGCAAUUCAAUAUAUUCUAUUCGUUUCGAGCAAAAGGAAGAGUUUCCAGAAUUCGGUCAUAAAUAUUCUUUCAAUUUGGAAGAAGCAAUUUCCGAUUGUCCAGAAUAUUUAGUUCGAUUUUCAUUUUUCGAACAACUUGCAAGUGAAUAUGGGUUGAAAUUAGUGUAUAAAAAAAGAUUUCAUGAUUUGUAUAACGAGGCUAAAGAGGAGACUGCUUUUAGAGACCUUUUGUAUACAAUGAAAGUUAUUAAACCAAGCGAGGGAGAAAUGUCUGAGGAGGAAUGGGAAGCUGCAGAAAUUGAUUCUUUCUCUGGCUUCAAGAUCUAUCCGGGCAAAGGAAAACUUUAUGUCCGAACAGAUAAUAGGGUGUUUCGCUUUGUUGGAUCAAAAACCGAGUCGCUUUUCUUACAACGUAAAAAUCCGCGAAAAAUCAGUUGGACACAGGUGUAUCGUCGUAUGCACAAAAAAGGCAUCACUGAGGAAGUAGCCAAAAAAAGAACAAGACGUGCCGUCAAACAUCAACGCGCUAUUGUUGGUGCAUCAUGGGAAGCCAUUCGUGCAAAACGAAAUCAAAAACCCGAAGUUCGAGAAGCAGCUCGUCAAGCCGCGAUACGUGAAGCUAAAGAGAAGAAGAAGGCGGAUCAGUCAAAGAGAAAGGCGGAUAAGGCAAAGACUGCUGCUGCCACCGCCCGUGGACAGCCUAAAGUCUCGAAACAACAAGCUCGCGGUGCUCAAUCAAGAACCGCAGGAAAGAGUCGUUAA